UACACGCGCUACAGCCAAUUGUGAUUGCAUGUCUACUUAUUUUAACUAUAUAAUUAUACACCUACUGUAUGAUAACUAGCAAAUGAAUUAGCUAACUAACGUUAGCCUGCCUAGCUGGAACUUCUGAAGGAUUUUUUUUCUUCUAAAAUUUCCAAAAACUAGGCAAACAAAAACAUCAUUACUUUUACGAGACGUGUUUGUGCAUAAUUUCUAACUUAUUUACAUUCGUUUUUACCUACACUUGUAUGUUAACUCCAUAUUGACGUUGAGAUUUUACGUUUUGACUUUUCUUAGCGGAUGUACAAUCAUCGCGAAUUGAAUUAUGGGGCGUUUCAGUCCCUGAAGUGAACAUAAUUGUAUAUUCGCAAACGCCAUUAAAAACGAGGGCUGAGGGGCUUACGUUGUAAACUUCCCUUGUUUGGACCGACGACAGAUAUGCCGGCGGGGAUUCCCCAAGGACAUAAGGCAGGGAGUGCAUCUACAUUUGGAAGUUGUCAACAUGUUCUCUGAGGAAGAGCAGACAUCCCCUACAUCCUCCUCUUCAUCGCCACCUCCAUCCUCCCACUUCAUCGGGAGGAAAGAAGACGUUGUCCAGGCCAAGCGUGUCACCAAGCUGGUGGGCGGGAGGGACGUGCUGGUUCUCUGCCACCAGGGCAAGCUCCACGCCAUGGACAUGCGCUGCUACCAUACCGGUGGACCACUGCAGGAGGGAGAUAUCGAGGAGUUUGACGGGCGGAUGUGCAUCGUGUGUCCGUGGCACAAGUACAAGAUCACGCUGGCAGAAGGCGAGGGGCUGUACCAGGCGGUGAACCCCUCGGCUACACCCCCUAAACCCACCUGGUGCUCCAAAGGGGUCAAACAGAGAGUUCACCAGGUCACAGAGGUCAACAGGGAUGUGUAUGUCACAUUUAACGACUCACCGGACACCAUUGACUCUGACUUCUACCAGACAGAGAGAUACAGGGCCACUAUGAAUAAGGCCCAGCCCAAGACUAAGAAAUUACACGAGAAGGUGACAAGCAGGAAAGUGUAAGGAUUUGGGCCAUUUUGGUUGGGGAAAAUACUAAAUGUGUCUUUUGUUAGCGCUGUGGAAUAGUAAACGGCUGGUGCAGGUACAAGACUGACUAAGUACUUCCCUAUCAGCAGCUCAAAGCGUAA